AUGGCUGAGGCCAAGCUGCCCACAACGGCUGGGGGGGAGGAGUCCACCAUCCUUAUGGCCAAGGAAGAGCUGGAGGCCCUGCGCAGCGCCUUCGAGGCGGGAGACCUCCCCCAGGCUGCCUCACGUCUUCGGGAGUUGCUGGCCUCCACAGAGACCACCCGCCUGGAGGUGGGGGUGACAGGCGAGUCAGGGGCCGGCAAGUCGUCACUCAUCAACACCCUGCGUGGACUGGGGGCUGAGGACCCCGGUGCGGCGCUCACGGGCGUGGUGGAGACCACCAUGCACCCUUCAGCCUACCCACACCCACGUUUCCCCGACGUGACCCUGUGGGACCUGCCCGGGGCUGGCACACCGGGCUGCUCGGCCGACAGGUACCUAAAGCAGGUGGAUUUCGUACGCUACGACUUCUUCCUCCUGGUGUCCCCACGACGCUGCGGGGCCGUGGAGACACGCCUGGCGUCGGAGAUCCUACGGCAGGGCAAGAAGUUCUACUUCGUACGUACCAAGGUGGACGAGGACCUGGCGGCCACUCGAAGCCAGCGGCCUUCGGGCUUCAGCGAGGCCCUGGUGCUGCAGGAGAUCCGGGAGCACUGCACAGAGAGGCUGCGGGCGGCUGGUGUGUCUGAGCCACGCAUCUUCCUCGUGUCCAACUUGUGUCCCUCGCACUAUGACUUCCCGCUGCUCUUGUCCACUUGGGAGCGUGACCUGCCGGCCCACCGGCGCCAUGCGGGUUUGCUGUCACUGCCUGACAUCUCGCUCGAGGUCCUGCAAAGGAAGAAGGACCUGCUGCAGGAGCAGGUGCUCAAGACGGCACUGGUGUCGGGGGUAAUCCAGGCCCUGCCUGUGCCUGGGCUGGCAGCGGCCUACGACGACGCGCUGCUCGUGCGCUCGCUGCGUGGCUACCACCGCAGCUUCGGCCUGGACGACGACUCGCUGGCCAAGCUGGCCGAGCAGGUGGGCAAGCAGGCGGGUGACCUGCGCUCGGUCAUCCGCUCGCCGCUGGCCACCGAGGUCAACCCCGAGACGGUGCUGCGGCUGUAUGCACGUUCAUCCGACGGUGCCAUGCGGGUGGCACGCGCCUUCGAGAGGGGCAUCCCGGUGUUCGGCACGCUGGUGGCCGGCGGCAUCAGUUUUGGCACCGUGUAUGCCAUGCUACAGGGCUGCCUCAAUGAGAUGGCCGAGGAUGCCCAGCGGGUCCGCAUCAAGGCCCUGGAGGAGGACGAUGAGCCCCCCACGUCGUCCGAGGCCGGCCUGGAGGCAGGUGGCGACCCCAGCCUGGAGAAGCAUGGCCCCAGGGAGGCAGGCAGCGACGAUGCCCCCCUCUCCACCCGCAGGAAGCUGGGCCUGCUGCUCAAGUAUAUCCUGGAGAGCUGGAAGAAGCGGGAAUUCUCCGAAGAGAAAUAG